GAGACCACCGGGUCGCGGGUCCUAGGGGAAGCAGCGUGUUCGCUCUGGGGGCGGGUCGGUAGCGGGAGUGAGGGCCGCACGGACGCCGGUGCGUUGGGCCCCGCAGCGCCGACCCUGGGCCUCCCGUACGCGCUAGGGAUUGGCCGGCAUCCGUUUCCGGGAGCGGGAGCUGCAGCCUGGGUCAGGGGCACAAUGGCAGCUACAGGGAGAAGGCAGAGGCCAAGGAGACUACCGUGUUGGGCCUUGGUGGCAGUCCUCUUGGCAGAUCUGCUGGCACUGAGUGACACACUGGCUGUGAUGUCUGUGGACCUGGGCAGUGAAUCUAUGAAGGUGGCCAUCGUCAAACCUGGAGUGCCCAUGGAGAUUGUCUUGAACAAGGAAUCUCGGAGGAAAACCCCAGUGACUGUGACCCUGAAAGAAAAUGAAAGGUUCUUUGGAGACAGUGCAGCAGGCAUGGCCAUCAAGAGCCCAAAGGCUACAAUGCGUUACUUCCAGUACCUCCUAGGAAAGCAGGCAGAUAACCCUCAUGUGGCCCUUUACCGGGCCCGUUUCCCAGAGCAUGAGCUAAAUGUUGACCCACAGAGGCAGACUGUGCGCUUCCAUAUAAGCCCGCAGCUGCAGUUCUCACCUGAGGAGGUGCUGGGUAUGGUUCUCAACUACUCCCGUUCCCUGGCUGAAGAUUUUGCAGGUGACUGUCAAGAGCAACCCAUCAAAGAUGCAGUGAUCACUGUACCAGCCUUCUUCAACCAGGCUGAGCGCCGAGCUGUGCUGCAGGCUGCUCGAAUGGCUGGCCUCAAAGUGCUGCAGCUCAUCAAUGACAACACUGCCACUGCUCUCAGCUAUGGUGUCUUCCGCCGGAAAGAUAUCAACAGCACUGCACAGAAUGUCAUGUUCUAUGACAUGGGCUCAGGCAGCACAGUGUGCACCAUCGUGACCUACCAGACGGUGAAGACUAAGGAGGCCGGGAUGCAACCACAGCUGCAGAUCCGGGGGGUGGGGUUUGAUCGCACCCUCGGGGGCCUAGAGAUGGAGCUUCGGCUUCGGGAGCAUCUGGCCAGACUCUUCAAUGAGCAACGAAAGGGCCAGAAAGCCAAAGAUGUACGGGAAAACCCUCGUGCCAUGGCCAAGCUGCUACGGGAGGCCAACCGACUCAAAACCGUCUUGAGUGCCAAUGCUGACCACAUGGCCCAGAUUGAGGGCCUGAUGGAUGAUGUGGACUUUAAGGCAAAAGUGACUCGGGUGGAGUUUGAGGAGCUGUGUGCAGAUUUGUUUGAGCGGGUGCCUGGGCCUGUCCAGCAGGCCCUCCAGAGUGCUGAGAUGAGUUUGGAUGAGAUUGAGCAGGUGAUCCUGGUGGGUGGAGCUACUCGGGUCCCCAAAGUUCAGGAGGUACUGCUGAAAGCUGUGAACAAGGAGGAGCUAGGGAAGAACAUCAAUGCAGAUGAAGCAGCCGCCAUGGGGGCUGUGUACCAGGCAGCUGCACUCAGCAAAGCCUUCAAGGUGAAACCAUUUGUCGUCCGAGAUGCGGUGGUCUACCCCAUCCUGGUGGAGUUCACAAGGGAGGUGGAGGAGGAGCCUGGGAUACGCAGCCUGAAGCACAAUAAACGUGUGCUCUUCUCCCGCAUGGGGCCUUAUCCUCAACGCAAAGUUAUCACCUUUAACCGCUACAGCCAUGAUUUCAACUUCCACAUCAACUACGGUGACCUGGGCUUCCUGGGGCCUGAGGAUCUUCGGGUAUUUGGCACCCAGAAUCUGACCACAGUGAAGCUAAAAGGUGUGGGUGAGAGCUUUAAGAAGUAUCCUGACUACGAGUCCAAGGGCAUCAAGGCACACUUCAACCUGGAUGAGAGUGGCGUGCUCAGUCUAGAUAGGGUCGAGUCUGUAUUUGAGACCCUGGUGGAGGAUAGCCCAGAGGAGGAAUCUACUCUGACCAAACUUGGCAACACCAUUUCCAGCCUGUUUGGAGGUGGUACCACACCAGAUGCCAAAGAGAAUGGUACUGAUGUCAUCCAGGAGGAAGAGGAGAGCCCUGCUGAGGGAAGCAAGGAUGAACCUGGGGAGCAGGCAGAGCUUAAGGAGGAAGCUGAGUCCCCAGUGGAAGAUACCUCUCAGCCUCCACCCUUUGAGCCUAAGGGGGAUACAGCCCCUGAGGGAGAAAAGCCCACUGAAAAAGAAAGUAGGGACAAGCCCGAGGACCAGAAGCCUAAUGAGAAGGGGGAAGCAGGGCUUGAGGGUGCUCCUCCAACCCCCGAAGAAGAAAAGAAGCAGAAGCCUGCCCGGAAGCAGAGAAUGGUAGAGGAGAUCGGGGUAGAACUAGUUGUUCUGGACCUACCUGACUUGCCAGAGGAUGAGCUGGCUCGUUCAGUGCAGAAACUUGAGGACUUAACUUUCCGAGACCUAGAGAAGCAGGAACGGGAGAAAGCUGCUAACAGCUUAGAAGCUUUCAUCUUUGAGACCCAGGACAAACUGUACCAGCUUGAGUACCAGGAAGUGUCCACUGAGGAACAACGUGAGGAGAUCUCUCAGAAACUCAGCACUGUGGCCACCUGGCUGGAGGAUGAGGGUUUUGAGGCCACCACUGUGAUGUUGAAGGAGAAGUUGGCUGAGCUGAGGAAGCUGUGCCAAGGGCUGUUUUUUCGGGUGGAAGAACGCAAGAAAUGGCCUGAACGGCUGUCUGCCCUAGACAAUCUCCUCAACCACUCAAGCAUAUUCCUUAAGGGUGCCCGGCUCAUCCCAGAGAUGGACCAGAUCUUCACUGAGGUGGAGAUGACAACGUUAGAGAAAGUUAUCAAUGAGACCUGGGCCUGGAAGAAUGCAACUGUGGCUGAGCAGGCCAAGCUUCCUGCCACAGAGAAGCCUGUGUUGCUCUCAAAAGACAUUGAGGCCAAGAUGAUGUCCCUGGACCGGGAGGUGCAGUAUCUGCUCAAUAAGGCCAAGUUUGCCAAACCCCGGGCCCGUCCCAAGGAUAAGAAUGGCACCCGGACAGAGCCUCCCCUCAAUGCCAGUGCCACUGACCAGGGGGAGAAGAUCAUCCCACCAGCAGGUGAGGGCCAGACUGAAGAGGCACAGCCCAUUUCAGAACCUGAGAAAGUAGAGACUGGCUCUGAGCCAAUAGACACUGAACCUCUGGAGUUAGGAGGUCCUGAAGCAGAAUCGGAACAGAAGGAACAGCCAGCAGGACAGAAGCAGCCUUUGAAGAAUGAUGAGCUAUAACCCUCACCUCCCAUCUCCCUACUCGUCCCCACUCACCUCCAGCCCCUUCUCCUACCACCUCUAUUUAUUACACAUCGGGGUGGGGGCAGGGGUUGGUCCUGCCUGCAGGGUCUCAAAUUCCUUCUCUCACCUGGAGCAGGAGGGGGGCUGUUCACCAGUUCUUUCUGGAGUAGUACUGUGGUUAAAACCUGAACUUGUUCUGUUCCCCAGCCCCACCUCUUGCUCCCUGCCCAUCUAACCCUGCAUUUGGGAAAAAUCACUAUUCUGUCUUAAUCCUUUUCUGUGGGUAGGUGAGAGAAUGACUGCCAGUGGUUGAGGGAGACUGGUACUGGGGAAGGAUGUCCCUGGGACACUGGAGAGUGUCCCAUCUUCUCUGGGCAUCCUCCUUUCCUCUUCUACCACAAAAUCAAUAUCCCAUUCUGGCCAGUGUCUACAGAGCCUCGGUCACCAGCUUUGGUCUCUGAGUGCCUCUCUCUGCUCUCUUUUCCUUCCAAGGCCUUCUGUUUCCUAACACCUGCCUCUUCUUUUCACUGGGUUCUUUGGCUUCCUGGUGCUGGUGGGCAAUUCUCUGCCUCAUACCCAAAGCUUUCUAUCUGCAUUGGCUCUAGUAAAUCUAGUGUUCCCACUGGCCCAUGCGACCCCUAGUGGCCAGAACAAACAGGGAGAAAAUAAGAAGGGAAUUCACAUUGCCCUCUGCAGAGUGAGGUGUGUAAAAGUCCUGGAGCACCCACAUGUGGGCUGUUGGGGCCAGGAAAGCCAUGUAAUGCAGUUAGUAAGGAUGCCAGUAUCCUGCAGGCACUCAAAACCCUUAUCUUCCCAGUAGCUGGGUACCCCAGGUUCCUGAGACUAUCUGCUCCCUGACCUGCUGUUCUUCCCUUCCCAAAUAAAGCCUUUCCCUUAUCCCCUCCCCGCCCUGGACUGACCAAAAUGUGCUUUCUACUGUGAGCCCCUAUCCCAAGACCCUGGGGGAUGAGAGACCAUGGUGUGAAUGUAAAAAUGCCGCCACCUCUGAGGCAGGCUUUGUGAGUAAGGGAAGAGGGUCAGGGAUGGCCUUCCUUGUGUACAUUGCUCUGCUAGGAUAGGGAGCCCCUCACUGACUCUGCUGAUGCCUAGGGACCUGUCCUCCAGUAUUGUGUCUGUGGCAGGAGCUAGGGCUGCUGUCCCCUCUCCAGGACAAAGGAAAACCUGGUUGUGUCAGUCAUUUUGUCUUUUUUUUCUUUCUCAUUUCCCCCUCCUUUUUGUUUUGCCACAUUGGCAGAGAGGGACCUAAAGGUCCCAGCCCCUUCUGUAUGUUUGAGUUCUUUCAUCAGCAGCUGAGGCUGGUUGGACAGGUUUGAAUCAAAUUAUACUUUGCUCCAUGUUAAUUGAGAAACUGUUUCAAUAAAAUAUUC